AUGGCCAGCAAGAGCUUGCAGGACCUGAAGCAGCAAGUGCAGGGGGCGGCCCAGGAAGCAGUGACUGCGGCAGGAUCAUCGGCCCAGCAAGUGGUGGACCAAGCCACAGAAGCAGGGCAGAAAGCCAUGGACCAGGUGGCCAAGGCCACCCAGGAAACCAUCGACAAGACUGCUAACCAGGCCUCUGAGACUUUCUCAGGUUUUGGGAAAAAAUUAGGCCUCAUAUAA